AGCUUGACUGUGAGCACGAGUCGGCACAUAACCGAACGAACAGGCAAAAACCAAGAGACUAGGCCGAAGUAUCAAUCACACCGUUGCGAUCGAGAAACAAUGCCCGAAUUGCCGGAAGUAGAACAAUUCCGUCAACUCCUGUUGCCAUUGGUUUCGAGUUCCAGUCCCAUUCAAAUUUCCGCAUGGAAAGACAAUCCUCCUAGAGUAUGGCUCAGUGAAGAGCAAAUAAAUUCUUUAUCGGGCAAGUACUACUGUGUGGAUAUUUUGCGUAAAGGCAAGCAGCUUUGCAUAGUUUUGCAGCCGAGCAAGGCCAACGGCCAGAAAAAGGAACCGAAGAAGUCGGUCUACCUGUAUCUUCACAUGGGCAUGACGGGGCGGAUUAGCAGUCCCAACCGCGAAUCUGGUUGGGGGCGUCAAAGUUCCAAAGUAGCCGACAUUGAGUACCCUCCGCGCUAUACAUACCUGACUUUCGCGACGGAACACUACCAAGCUGCGUUUUCAGAUCCUCGUAAAUUCGGCAAGGCCGUUCUAUCGGACAAUUUAGAUCCUUUCGGUCUGCUAGCUCCGGAUGCUCUGAAUUGCAAUGAUGAGAAGUUAAUUCGCAAUGAAAUUAUUCCCGGUUUUGUGGAACAAACCAGAAGUAUUAAAGCGAUUUUGCUCGAUCAAAACCGAGUGUGCUCAGGGGUUGGAAAUUGGGUUGCGGACGAAGUUUUGUAUCAGAUCGGGAUGCAUCCUGAUCAGCAGUACUUAACCGAAGAACAGGGCUCCCGCUUGUUCGAAACGCUGCAGGCAAUCGUUCGAACUGCGGUAGGAUGUCUGAAUUCUGAUACCAAAUAUCCGGACAGUUGGCUGUUUGGCUAUCGAUGGACUAAGAAAAGGGCCGGGAAAGAUGCCGCAGGACGCGCCCUUACUUUCCUUACAUCGGGAGGCAGGACGUCGGCAAUUGUGGCGUCAGUUCAAAAGCUUAAUAAACGACAAGGAAGAAGAAACAGCAGCGAGAAUAGUCACCGUAAUACUCAUGUUAAAAUGACCGCGGAAAUGGUGGAAGAGGAACAAAACUACCCAAAAAGAAAGGCUAAGCGAAUCAAGCGGACUGCGAUUGUUUCUCCUCUUUCUGAAAAAGUUGGAGAAUCUGGAAUGAAGAAGGACUUCAUCCUUGAGGAGAAAUUGACAGUAAGACGUAGUUCACGGCUUCGUUUAUAG